AUGCCAGAAUCGCUGAAGUGGCUCAUCAUGCGGGGCCACCUAGGCUUCGCCAAGCCCAUCUUUACCAAGACCUCCAAAUAUGAGGAAGAGGCUGCACUCCGGCUUGCCCAAAUCAAGAAGGAUGCUAGCAUACCUAAGGAGUGUGACCAUGACAUUGUGGACACCCAUCAGAAUAUGGGCAUGUGCCCUACAUCAUCCCGUCCUUCCAAAAGACUCAUUGUAAGCUUGAUGGUUGAUUUGCUAAAGAUACUAUAUGUCAUCUUCACCACCUAUUUCAUCAACCAGCUCGGGCAGCGGCGGCUAUUGCUUAGCAGCAUUGGUGGAGUUGUCAUCUUACUAGUCUCCUUUAAAGCGUGCCUCGGAUUCAUUGAGGCCAGCAACAUGAGGCCCUUGUGGGCAGUGGUGACGUGCUUGGUCACGAGGAUUGGGUACGUGAUCUCCUUCUCCAUCGGGCUGGCACCGAUAGCAGCAGUCUACUGUUCAAAGAUCUUCCCCACAAGAUUGUGUGCAUAG